UUUGAUAGAUUUUUAAUGAAGUGAAAACUGUUGUCAUCGAAUGGGUACACACAUAACUUCUCCCGCGCAGUUUCUACCGUGUACCGUCUGUACCGCUCCGUGGAAGUAGCUCAGGAGGGUACACCAUUCUGAUUAUGUAGAACUUUGAAUCACGCCCUACGUUCGCUGACCUAUAUGAAACUGUAAAAUUUAUAUUAUUAUGCUAAUUAAAAUUGAUUUAUAAAAUUGUGAAAAUUAUUAUUAUUUUUUAAAUUUAUGUGUGGUACAACUAUUUUAGUUAAAUAUCUUAAGCCUAACUCGCUUAGCAGUGUAACAUAUGGCCAUGAGUGUAACUGAAGCCAAUGCUAAGGCAUGUAAACUAAAGAAUGAAGAAAGUGAUGUUACCAGCAAACCUUGCAUUGAUUUUCAACCUGGUGAAAGAUGGCAAAUUCAAGAUGAGCCUCAAGCAGAACAAGGAAAUGUUUCAAACGUGAAAUCUAAUGAUCUGAAUCACACAAAUGGUCAACGUUCCAGAAGACUCCGCAACUCCAAAUCGUGCGAUUCACCUGUUGUAAAUGGUGAAUCAAAUGACUGUUUAUCCGACGAAGAAAUGAAAGUCAAGCCUGAUGAUAAUGUAAAUGAAUGUGAUAUAAAUGAUUCUGAAUUAAAUCAAGAGAAUUCUAGUUGCAAAAGGCCUCUUGAAGAUUCAGAUUUGGAUGACACUAGCGAAGUUGAAAAAAAGAAAAUAAAAACUGGUAAUGAACAAAGUAUUUCCCCAAAUAGAAGCAUUGAUAGUGAAGAUGUUGAAGAAUCUAAUGAUGCUUCUAGUAUAAAUAGUGAUUUGCAAUCUGUAGUUGAGACAAAAACCGACAAUGGCAUAAAUAAAGACUCUGCAGAUUCCAGUGAUCCAGUAGAGGUGAUAAAAAGUGAUAAAUCAGAAUCAAAUGAAGCUAAAACGAAUGGAAUUGAAAACAAAGAUUUGAGUAUUGAAGAAAUAAAAGAAACAGAAAAAGAUACUCUAAAUGAUGAUGAUAUUGAAGUGAUUAAUAUAAAUGAUGAUGGAAAGAAAUCGGAUGAGGAAAGUGAUUCUGAGAUACAAAUAAUAAAUAUUGAUGCGCCUACUCCAACUAAAAUAGAAUUUCCUGUACCUUCCUCAAGUGACAUCACUACCUCUGCUGGGUUCCCUUAUUACAAUUCAUUGAAGGAAGCAAUACCCGCAUUUAAAGCUGGUGAAUAUAAACCUGUAAAAUUUCCCCAUACAGGUACUCUUUUGUUGGGUGAUAAUGAAGUCAUUAUUGAAAGCCCUUCGUUACUUGUACCUCUUCUCAUUAAAGAAGCAGAUCAAUUUCCUAAACUCGAGGGUGAAGAGAAAAAGAUAAAUGGAGAAAGUAUGAGCAGGCAAAAUAUGGUAUCAAAAAGGAAUUUUUUCCAAAGUUCUGUUGGGCAAUUUCUUAUUAACUUAGGUACAAGCCGCGUCCAAGAGUGGUAUCAAAGAGAUAUGAAGCGCUCAAAACUUAGGCAAUUGAAAUCGAAAAAGCCGACCGAAGAGGAUCUCGAAAAAGCCAUUUCAGAGCAUGACAAGAAGCAUAAUAAAUUAAAAGAAAUAAAUGCUAUUUUUAAUUUUAGAAUGAAACAGUGCAAGUUUUGCGGCUUUAAAUCUGAAUCUGCAAUUGUCAUGGAAGGACAUUACCUUAUUCCUCACCUAAGUCCCAGAAGGGAAUUCAAAUGUAACUUUUGUAUGUAUUUAUCUAGAACUAUCGAUUCAAUCGUUUUUCAUUAUGAAGCUCUUCAUCAAAAGAAAGCUGUCAUUGAAUCUAGUAUACCUUUUCAUGAGUGUAUAUUUUGCUCUUUUCAGAGCCAUUUAAAGACUAAAGUUACUGCACAUAUGAACAGAUGCAGAAAACAUUUCUUCCCCUCUCAAAAUUUAGCACCCCCCUUCGAUUUUGAAUUUCCCGGUGUAACAACUAAACCAGUAACUAUAGCAGAUGUUAUUGGUCAUAGAAGAUUAUUGUUAAGCUCUGCUAAGAAUAGAUUACCCACACCUGAAGAUAAUCCAAAUAGUGCCUAUGCAAGGAAAAAACUCGCCUCAGUCUUGAGUAAAAUUUCCAAUCAAAGCACAUAUCCAGAUAUGAAAAAUCAAAGCAUUGUGAGGCAAUUAAUGUCACCUCAAUCUAAUUUACCUCCUUUGUCCAGCUCUAGCAGUAUACAGUUACCACCUGGAAUCGUUAUAACAAAGCCAACUGGACAACCUAUUCAACAAAUUCGCCCCAUAGGAAGAUAUCCACCACCAAGACCUCUAACAAAUAUACGGGCUGGCCCCAUUCCAAGGCGACCAUACUCCCCAAAUCUUACCACUACUGCCUCUCAUUUAGCUUCUUCUGGUAUUUCCAUAACUCCUGUUACACGACCUGGAGCUGUAACACCUCGUCCCACAUUGCCUACUGUUAAAAAUGUAACACUAACUCCUAUUGGUGUUGCUUCAAAUAGGAAUGUUACUCAAAGACCGGGUGCACCUCAGCCUUUGGCACUGUUUACAAAUGUUGCAGGUUCAAGUGGCAUAAUGGGACAACCUCAAGCUAAGUUCCCUGCCAACUUAAAUGUUAGGCCUCUUAGACCUGCAGUACCGUUUCAGAGGCUGAGCACACCUCCAUCACAGGUAGUGAAAGGUAGUUCUGGUAACACGUUUGUGGUGUGUGAGAUUUGUGAUUCAUAUGUUAAAGACUUGGAAGAACUUCGUACUCACAUGAACUGGGUUCAUAAAGUCAAAAUUCAUCCAAAAAUGCUGGUCAGCAGACCUCCCCUGAACUGUCAAAAAUGCCAGUGGCGAUUUUUCACUGAUCAAGGCCUGGAAAGACAUUUGCUUGGAGCUCAUGGAUUAGUUACCACUAACAUGCAAGAGCUAGCCAACAAAAAUCAAGAUGGUGGAAGAUGUAUUAUUUGUGCUGCUGUUUUCACUUACAAGCUUGUAUCUCAUAUGACUCAGGUUCAUAAAGUGACUUUAAAACCAGCUCAUCUUUCUUAUAAGUGUACUGUGUGUACUGCUACAUUUACACUUUAUAGAUUAUUCGAAAGCCAUGUAUAUAAUGUACAUAGUGGAUCAGCAAAACGUUCUGCAGAAGAACCGCCUGCAGAACCACCUCCACCCAAAAGACCUUAUGAAGGCCCAAGGAAGUGUAAAGAGUGUGGUUAUGUUACAGAAAAUUUACAGGAUCAUAUUAUUAAUAAGCACAUGAAAAAGUGUAAGGUUAAACUAUGCAGGAUUGAAAAGUGCAAGAAGUGUCUUUAUUCGUCUGAUGAGAUGAUUAUAAUCAGAAUGUCAGAUUUUGGUCUGGAUAGUGAUAUGGAAGAUAGUGACGAUGAAGAUGAUUCAUCAGAAGAGUCUUCUGAGGGUACUAAGGCCAACGAAGAAGACGAAAAGGAUAUAGGUUGAAAGAAGAUCUGAGUUACAAUUUUCGUCUUUUCUAUUAAAAAUAAAAAAUAAAAAAAACUGCUGCAGUAUAGUGUAAUUGCUCAGGGUAUUUUUUCAGAGCUGUGUCCUGCAAAAAAAAGUUAUCCACUUCCUUGCCAAUACAUUCUUUCAAGCAAAUGGACUCAAUCGCUAGAGUGAGAUUUGACUCUAUAUAGAAAUUUUGUGUGUGUGUUCAACAAAAGAGAAAA